CCUCGCCGGGCUACGCAGGCGGUGGGGCUGCGGCACGGCCCGGGCGGCACCAUGGCGGCGGCGGCGCCUGCUGCUGCGGCAGCUUCUUCCGAUGCGCCGGCGGCGAGUGCAACGGCAGAGCCCGAGGCCGGGGACGAGGACAGUUGCGAGGUUCGAGUGUUGCAGAGCCUGCGGGGCAAGAUCUGUGAAGCAAAAAAUUUAUUGCCCUAUCUUGGACCCCACAAAAUGAGAGAUUGUUUCUGUACUAUAAAUUUGGACCAGGAAGAAGUUUAUCGUACCCAAGUUGUGGAAAAAUCUUUAAGUCCAUUUUUCAGUGAAGAAUUUUACUUUGAGAUUCCAAGAACUUUCCAGUAUUUGUCUUUUUAUGUUUAUGAUAAGAAUGUUUUACAAAGAGAUCUUCGUAUAGGAAAAGUAGCCAUCAAAAAAGAAGACCUGUGUAAUCACAGUGGCAAAGAAACCUGGUUUUCGUUACAGCCUGUUGACUCCAAUUCAGAGGUUCAGGGUAAAGUUCACCUUGAAUUAAAACUGAAUGAACUGAUAACGGAGAAUGGAACUGUAUGCCAGCAGCUUGUUGUACACAUCAAGGCAUGCCAUGGGUUGCCUCUCAUAAAUGGCCAAAGCUGUGACCCUUAUGCAACAGUUUCUCUAGUGGGCCCUUCUAGGAAUGACCAAAAGAAGACAAAAGUAAAGAAGAAAACAAGCAAUCCACAGUUUAAUGAAAUCUUUUAUUUUGAGGUAACCAGGUCCAGUAGUUACACCAGAAAGUCCCAGUUCCAGGUAGAAGAGGAGGACAUUGAAAAGCUAGAAAUCAGGAUUGACUUAUGGAACAAUGGAAACCUGGUCCAAGAUGUUUUCCUAGGUGAGAUCAAGGUUCCUGUGAAUGUAUUAAGAACUGAUUCCUCUCAUCAAGCCUGGUACUUGCUACAACCAAGAGACAAUGGAAACAAGUCAUCCAAAACUGAUGACCUGGGGUCUCUUCGAUUAAAUAUAUGUUAUACAGAAGACUGCGUGCUUCCUUCAGAGUACUAUGGUCCUUUGAAAACUUUGCUGCUAAAAUCACCAGAUGUUCAACCAAUAUCUGCCUCAGCUGCUUACAUUUUGAGUGAAAUAUGUCGAGAUAAAAAUGAUGCUGUUUUGCCCCUUGUACGACUGCUGCUGCACCAUGAUAAACUUGUUCCUUUUGCCACUGCUGUGGCUGAAUUAGACUUGAAGGAUACACAAGACGCAAACACAAUUUUUAGAGGAAAUUCCUUGGCUACCCGAUGUCUGGAUGAGAUGAUGAAAAUAGUGGGAGGGCACUACCUGAAAGUAACAUUAAAACCUAUUCUAGAUGAGAUAUGUGACUCCUCAAAAUCCUGUGAAAUCGAUCCUAUUAAAUUGAAAGAGGGAGAUAAUGUAGAAAAUAAUAAGGAAAAUCUGCGCUACUACGUAGACAAGUUAUUCAAUACAAUUGUAAAAUCAAGUAUGAGCUGCCCCACUCUAAUGUGUGAUAUCUUUUAUUCUCUGAGGCAGAUGGCUACUCAGAGAUUUCCCAAUGACCCUCAUGUUCAGUAUUCUGCAGUGAGCAGCUUUGUAUUUCUUCGUUUCUUUGCUGUAGCCGUAGUAUCACCUCAUACUUUUCAUUUGCGACCUCAUCAUCCAGAUGCACAGACAAUUAGAACAUUAACUCUCAUCUCAAAAACUAUUCAGACUUUGGGAACCUGGGGGAGUCUAUCCAAAAGCAAGUCAAGUUUCAAAGAGACAUUCAUGUGUGAAUUUUUCAAAAUGUUUCAAGAAGAAGGAUAUAUUAUAGCAGUUAAAAAGUUCUUGGAUGAAAUUUCAUCUACUGAAACUAAAGAGUCCAGUGGUACGAGCGAGCCUGUGCACCUGAAAGAAGGUGAGAUGUAUAAAAGAGCUCAGGGAAGAACUCGAAUUGGAAAAAAGAAUUUUAAGAAACGAUGGUUCUGCUUAACAAGCAGAGAGCUCACCUACCACAAACAGCCAGAGUUCAUUGAACGCAAAGAUGCAAUCUAUACAAUUCCAGUAAAAAACAUUCUUGCUGUGGAAAAACUGGAAGAGAGCUCUUUCAACAAGAAAAAUAUGUUCCAAGUAAUACAUACGGAGAAACCACUCUAUGUCCAGGCGAAUAAUUGUGUAGAAGCUAAUGAAUGGAUAGACGUACUCUGCAGGGUGAGCCGAUGCAAUCAAAACAGGCUCAGUUUUUAUCAUCCCUCUGCAUAUAUAAACGGAAACUGGCUCUGCUGUCAGGAGACCAGUGAAAACACUCUCGGCUGCAAGCCAUGUACUGCUGGUGUCCCUGCAGACAUCCAAAUAGAUAUUGAUGAAGACAGAGAAACAGAAAGAAUUUAUUCCCUUUUUACCCUCAGUUUACUUAAGCUGCAGAAGAUGGAAGAGGCUUGUGGAACUAUAGCAGUCUAUCAAGGACCACAGAAGGAGCCUGAUGAUUAUUCUAACUUUGUAAUCGAGGAUUCUGUAACAACCUUUAAGACAAUUCAGCAAAUAAAAAGUGUAAUUGAGAAGCUGGAUGAACCUCAUGAAAAAUAUAGGAAGAAAAGAUCCAGUAGUGCAAAAUAUGGGAGCAAGGAAAAUCCAAUUGUUGGGAAAGCAUCUUAGAGUUUAACAGAUUGGUUCAGAAGAACUGGAAAAUAUUGUUUUUCUUGGAGCUUCUCAAGUCAUCAUAUAUUUCGUUCAUACUAUUUAAGAAUGAAAAUUCGCUUCAAUGUCAUCUGCCUCCACAUCAUAUUUAAUAUUUAAUAAUUGAAAUUAAUUGUUUGGGAAUCCUGGUAGUGAUGUAUAACUAGAGAAUUUAAAGCCCAAGAUUACCUUCAUACCUGUGUGACCCAAUCCAUGUUUCUGAAACUUAUUUUUAAUCAAAAGAAUCUUCCUAGAAAAGCUUUUUAACAAAGGGAGAACUCCUCCGUAGCAAGAAACCGUCUCUUCUUGUAACACUCUGUUCUGUGGACUUGUUUUCACUACCAUCAGUGCCUGCUCUAUACUGCCAACAUUGUGUUUUACUGGAAAAUUUCAGUUCAUGACAGUUCAGAGCUUUUCAUUUAGUUCAUGGUUUUUUUUUUUUUUUUUCUUUUUCUUUAAAAAAGAAAUGUUUUUCCUUUGGUCCAUCAGUCAUUACAGGUUCCAAUCAAGGCAGUGAUAGAAACUUUAGAAAACUGGCAGAGCAUCCUUGAAAGCUGGUAGAUCCUUUUGCCUGUUUAAAGAUGUAAACAAAACUCAAGACGGGAGGAAUCAGGGAAUAUGUGCUAUUGUGUGCAUCUUGUUUACAUUUGGGAUCAAUGAUGGCAAAUGAAGUAAUGAGACCACUAAAAUUGUUUUUAUUGUUUUAAAUACCAGGUACUCAUUUUCUUGAUUUGAAAGUUUAACCUGACUUCUAAGGACAUCUCUUCUGAAAAAGAAAGUAAACAGGGAACGAAAGUGGUGGGAAAAUCACUUGACUUCACCUGCUAUUUCAUCUUGUAAUAAGGGCCACCAUAAGGAUGCCCUCCUCAUAGUGUUAGGUUCUGGUCUUUCUCGAGAACAGUCACUCGGCGCACUUUAAUAAUCUGGACUGCUCCAGAUUAUACUUUAGAUACUCUGUGGUAUCUAAUCUUUAUGAUCAGUUGAAUGAUCAGUGUUUAAGUCUAGAAAUAAUGCUUUCCUGAAAACUGUUUAUAUUUCAUUGCUGUUUCCUUAUUGCCUGCUAGCCAAAUAGAAUUUGGCCAAGCAACUGUUUGAAGACCUUUUUCCCCAGAAAUGUCCUUUUGUCCUAAAAACCCUAACUGUAAAUAAACAGUCGAAGCAAGUUGCCACCUUGAAGUUGAGGGAUACACUUUGCUUCAUCAGUAUUAAAAACCAUGGUACUCUUUAUUUUUGUCUUUUUUUAUUCAAAAUAUUUUCUAAAUGUGGUACUUUGAACCUUGGAGUAUUUACAUGUUUCUGUUCAAAACUGUGACUUAUUAUUGUAAGUCUACUAGUAGUGCUUUUUUUAGUUUCCCUGAGCAUAAGCUAUAUUUCAAGAUACACUUUGCCGAUUAUCUUAUUGGUGGGUAAUCAUUUUUAAAUUAUAUUGUUAUUAGGUAAUUAUUUUUAAAGACUACUGGCAUACAAUCAAAGUUGUUCCAUAAAAUAUUAUAACUGAGCAAUGUGUUUCUCUAAAUGACUUGUAAAAAUCAAUGAGUUAUGUUUAAGUCUGCAUUAUGGUAGAUUAUUACUCCUGGCUCCUUUUAAAGACAAGUUUGAAAGAGUCCUUUAAAUUUUAUAAGCUUGUAGAUUCCAUAAACUAUACUGAUUUAUAAAUGUGAAAGAAUUUAGCCAUUUAAUAAAUUUCUCAUUCUUAAAUUACAUUUAGAUUAAAAUUCCUUUUAAGAGUCUCUGAAAUGUCUACCUGUGAAGAACAUGUAAACAUCGCCAGGUACCAAUCAUUAUUCUUUAGUGGCUUUUUAGUCCUCUGCUACUUUUUUUUACGGCAAAAGAAAUAUUCAUCUAACAUUUCUAAUAUCAAAUUCCCAAUUGUGAUUGUUUUUAAAGAUCAUGGCAUGAUCAGAGAGACCAAGGCUGUGUGCAUAUGUAACUCUGGAUUUGAAAGGGGGAGAGUUCAGUCAUCUAGUUCUUUUCUUCACAUGACAUUUUUAAACAGCCAGUUUAACUGGAAUUAACUUGGCACAGCCUAAAAAGAAGUAAUGUGAAAUUAAAUUAAUUUUCUUUGAAAGUCUUUCGAAAUAAGAGGCCAUGUCAGUAGGACCCUAAGAUAACCAAGAAAUUUGCUUCCAGGGCCCUUAUUCCUCUGCCAUUACUUAGAAAUUUUUUUAAUUUUUCAUACCUGAUAUGCUUUCUCUACCUUUUCCACAUUUGAAAACUUAGAAGGCAGCUCACUUCAUCCUAAAAACCUAAAAACUCCAGGAAGGAAAGAAAAGGAUGAUAUGGGGAAACUUGCCAUAAAUGCUGGUUCUGGUUCUUAGUAUAGCCAUUUCCAUCAGUUGAAAUUGUGGUGUGAACUGUUGCUUGUUUUGUUGUUUUAUUUUUGUUUAGCUUUGUUUUUAAUAUUCAUUUAAUAAGAUGGUGGGCAAUAAAUAGCAAAGGCUUUUACUCCCAGGAAUAUAAUUUAUCAAACUGAACUAUUUUAUUUGCCAAAGAAACUUGUUUUUAAUAUCACGGGUAAUGGUUAAGUGUCAAAACUAUCCUUUUUUUAUUAAACAAAAAAAGGUGACAAAUGAUAUGGCUUUUAUUUCUGUUUCUGAAGCCUGAUUUCAUUCAUGCCAGGUUUUGAAAAACAGAUCUUUUUAUUAGUGAAAGCACCUUUAAUUUGCUCUAACGGUACAUCCUGUAAAGACAGAAUUCUGCAUAGCCUUUUAGGUGUCCUUACAGUAUGUGAAAAAUACAAGACUCAUUCUAGAGUUAAAUUACCAAUCUUGGUUGAUAUUAUCUGCUUCCAUUUUUAUUAAUUUGGAAAUUAAUAUGUUGCUAGCAAAUAUCGGUUUUUACAGUGUCCAAUUUGAAAAUGUAAGUUAUCAAAGCUUAAUGUAGUGAAUUUGUGUAACCAUGUUGUAUUGUUGAGAAUGUAUUUUUAUUUAAAUUUUAUUUUCUUAUCAAGAGUAUUAUAAAAAUUAACUUUUGUAACUGUCGCUUGGAAAUAACUGAAAUAAAUUACAAGAAGCCUG